AUGAGCGACCAGAAUCAGAUGAUCAGCGAGAAAAACAGCUAUGCUUUGACAAAAAGAAAGCGGAUGCAAACGGCGGAUGGGUUUGGACUGGAUGGUGGUCCAUCAGUUGGCGCUAUACCUCCACCUGGGUCACGUUUGGCCAAAUAUCUUGGAGGCAGCAGAGCCGGAGGAAGCGGUGGACUACAUCUGAACGCCAAUGUUCCCACAUUCAUCCCACAGUUCGCUCAGUUAGGGAUAACUGAUAUGCAGCAACCGCCACCGGGUGGAAAGCCAUCAGGCUCACAUUCACCGUUUACGCCUCAUCGUGCACCUCCUCCUUUUCACCCCAGUACAACCCCCACUUCCAACCAUGUGGACGGAUUGCCACCUUAUCAGGAGAAUCAUGGAGGGACGACAUAUUUUUUUCACCCGCAACAAGCCCCGCAACCAUUGGGUGGUGGUGAUGCAAGCGUUGGUAGUUCUCGCAUCAGUAGUGCAUCAGGCAUAAUAACCGAUGGGAUACCGGAGAAUCAUACUAUAGUUGGUACAAAUGGCAGUUUCUCUUAUCAAGGACCUUUACCGCACAUUGGCAAGUUUCGUCCGAAAGGAGUCGCUGGAAAUAACAUGACUCAGUUUAUCUCACCGGAUGUGAAAAUGGAACUUGUUCAUCGACAACUUGCUAUGGAAGCGAGAGCCGAUCCCGCUAUUUAUCCGGACAUACCCCAGCAGGUUGAACAUUUGAAUCAUUUGGUCCCGUUAGAACCUAUUAAUCAGCAUCAUGCCACUCAAUCCGUAUACAAAGCCAUUUCGGUCAGAGAUGGUGUCACCUACUGCAUAAGAAGGCUUCAUGGGUUCCGAAUAUCAUCGCCGAAACAGUUACAGCCGUUGGAGACUUGGAAGAAAUUGAACAAUGUCAACGUUGUUCAGUUACGUGAAGUGAUAAUUAACUGCAAAUCGUUUGGAGACAGUUCUGUUGUGCUCGUUUACGAUUACUAUCCAUUGGCUGACUCUUUGAAAGCUCGUCACUUUGGAAGAAUGCUUGGAAGCGGGUUCAUUGAUGGAAUAACUGGAGCCAAGAUCUCAAGUCAGUUGCCCAGUCAUUCACCUGCUCAAAUGCAACAAGGCGCUGGAGUUGUGGAAUGGCUGUUAUGGUCCUAUGUCAUUCAGCUCUCAUCGGCUCUGCGAGCUGUGCAUGCAAAUGGACUCGCUUCGCGGUGUAUAGAUCUGUCCAAGAUCUUGGUGCAUGGCAAGAGCAAGAUUUUGUUGAGUUGUGGUGGGGUGGCUGAUCUUCUCGCACCUGACACCCAAGUACAACAACUACAAAUGGAAGAUUUGCACGCUCUUGGACGUGUACUCUUGGCUCUGGCUACUGGCAAUGCAUUCUCGGCUCGGCGUGAUCUUGUUCAGCAGAGUAUGACUUAUGUCACUAACCAUUAUAGCAGUGAUAUGAAGAACUUGAUAAGUUUCUUGUUGUCCUCAUCUCCUUCGGGCCGCAAGUCAAUAAAUGAGAUUAUGCCAAUGAUUGGUGCGCGGUUCUAUUCGCAAUUGGAAACAGCACAAAUGCGAAAUGACAUGCUGGAGAAUGAACUUAGCAAGGAGCUAGAAAAUGGCCGAUUAUUCCGCAUACUUGCCAAGAUCAACACCAUAGUAGAGCGACCUGAGUUCAAUCUGGAUCCAUCAUGGUCCGAGACCGGCGAUCGUUUCAUGAUCAAGCUAUUUCGUGACUAUGUCUUCCAUCAGGUUACGGAAAGCGGCAAGCCGUGGAUGGAUAUGGCGCAUAUUGUACAGUGUCUUAACAAGCUCGAUGCUGGCGUAUCCGAAAAAGUGCAGCUUGUGUCGCGAGAUGGCAACAAUCUACUUAUUGUAUCAUAUGGCGAUCUAAGAAGAUGUCUUGAGACGGCUUUCAGGGAGCUCGAAAGUCAAAAUAGUCAUCGUUUGAUAAUGGUGCAUCAUCGCGGACCUUUAUUCCGAUUUAGCGGUGUCAUGUGAUUGAUUUUUCAAGUGUAUAUAUCUUGUAGAUUUGAGACAGAUAGUGAUUGGGUUUGUUUCCCGGGUUAAGGGAGUAACAUGUUUGAGAUGAUAUUGGUAUCCUGCUUUAGAGAGCGCAGAAAAACCUGUAUAUUCUGCAAUCCGGCGCGUCAUAUACUUUAGC